ACUCUUUAAAAACUUUAGUUUAAUAACUCUAUUCAGCCAUUCUAACAAUGGAUAACGGCGGAUUUGAGAUGCAGGAAGAUGGGAUAGCAAAUUCCUCCUCACAAAAAUUUCAGAAUAAAAAAUGUCAUCAUUCAUUUGUACAGGAUAAAAAAGGUUCUUGUUCUCUGCUGAGGAUAUUUCUAGUGUGCUUUCUGGCAUGCCUGAUUACCACUGCCAUUGGAGUGCUGAUUCUUUCCCUUGUUUAUUUGGGGCAUUUCAAUACAGAUACUAGUAAAGACACAAUGAAUCCUGAUGCUGAGAAAAGCCCAUCACAGGACAUAAAAAAUACUCAGUACAGUUUCAUGACUCAUCUUGGUAAAUCUAAGGUUUUUGAGUUCCAAGGAGGCGCUAUCAAAUGGGCUCGGUUUAGGAAUAAUCCACAGGAUUAUUCUAAUGACAACGAACUGGAGUUUGGGACAAGUAUCAACAGUCGUCAGUCGAAAAUGACUUUAGGCACUUUACGUAUUGCAAGCAAUGGACUGAGAGUACCACACUGGCAUUUCAAUGCUAAUGAACAUGGUUUCCUACUGCAGGGCAAAGCAUGGAUUGGAGUUGUUGAUGAUGGAGCCAACACUGUUACUACCUAUAAUGUUACAGCUGGACAGGUCAUUUUCUUCCCAAAGAAUACUCUACACUGGGUGAAGAACGUGGGUGAAGAAGAUUGUCUAUUUAUUCUUUUCUUCACCACCCAUGAGGAACUCAAAACUCUUGAUGUGGAUGACGCAUUCUUCUUGACACCAGAAGAUAUUGCUGCACGGUCGCUAAAGCCACAAGAUAAUGUUCAGUUUAUCAGAACCUUUCAGAAACAAACAGAAGAUCAAGCAAUAAAUCUUCCCGAAAACCUGGUAAAUCUGAUUCAGAAUGUCAGCUAUGUUCAGUCUGACAACACAAGUGUCUGGAAGUAUUUUUAUGACUUAAAAGGUUCUAAAGAAUUCAUUUUCCCUGGAGGAAUAAUUCAGUGGGCCCGUUACCGUAGAAAUGGGGUCGGUUUAAAUGACAAUGAGAAAAUCUACAGUGAAGCUUUAAACUUGCACCAAGAUACUCUCACACUCGGAACUUUAAGGAUUUACAGCAAUGGCCUAAGACAACCUCAUUUUCAUUUCAAUGCUCAUGAAAUGGGCUAUGUCAUCAGCGGAUGUGGGCAGAUUGGGAUUGCAGGCGAUAAGCCGAUUCCUGAGUUUUCCGUUGGUAUUGGUGAUGUCUUCUUCUUCCCGAUUGGAACACAGCACUACAUUAAAAGUACCUGUACUGAAGACUUAUAUAUGAUCCUUGCCUUCAGCACCGGGAAUCAGCUGGAAACCCUUGAUAUGGAUGAUUACUUUCAUGCCACAGCUGACCAUAUCCUUGCCCAGCUUUUCCUAAAGAAACAGGAAGAAUUUAAGAAGAUUCCCAGAUUUUCAAAUGAUCAAGCUGUAAAUAUACCAUAAGCCCAGCUACAUAUAAGUAGUCACUUGUUCAGUCUCUUUACCUGACUGUUCUAGAACGGUCAGCAUUAUAAAUCCAUUGUACUGUAUCUGCCUUGUCAGCAGGACCAUAUACGUACCUCAUUUUGUUUUAUAUGUUCUUGUUAUUUUAUAUAUAAUGUACAUAAUAACUUUGUAUUGUAAAUAAUAUCUAUCAGAUUAUUGUCUGCAGAGGAUGCAGUUACUACCAGUCAUUUGCCUACUUUAUAGUUUAUGCACAUUUAGCAAUAGGAAGUAAACAGCAAUUUCUAGACGUGAUUUUGAAAUGUGCUACAUGUAAAUAAAAUACCUCUCUAGUAAGAUUAUUUUAUAUAGUGACUGGCAGUCAAUUCAAUAUGGCUUAUACAUUUGGUAUUAGUGUUAAGCAAUCCACACAGCUCCCUAUUAAUCAGUUCCUUGCACACUCACAGGAAUGUAGUAUGGGUUUUUUCCGUUCAAGUGUGCAGUGAAAGUCAGUGAGUACGUAGAUCCUGCGCUAGUUGCAAUCUAUUAUGUUUACAUUAGUUUGAUGCAUAACUAAAAUAUUUUCCAGUUGGGAAAAAAUUCAAUCAAAACUAUAUACAAUUAUUUUUGUUAAUUAAAAAAAAAAUAUCAAGACGUUAUAUUAUUUUGUAGGAGAUAUUUUAAUUAGCACUGUCUGAAAUCUAUAAUUCAGUGUCAGUUCUGUAUUUUUAUUUUGAAAACCGUUUCUUUUGUACUGUAGGAUUUAUUGAUUAUUGUAUAUGUUAAUGUAUGAUGUUUUUGUACAAGCUAUAUUAUAUAAAAGAGGACAUUUUGUAGAUUUGAUUCCAUUUGUACAUUAUAACCUGUUAUGAAUAAAUUUUCUAUGAGUUUC